UAUCAGGAGAGCUCUCCUUUUAUUUUCAUUUACGUGAUUAGCGUGACUGGCAAAAGCAAAACGCUCUGCUGCAGGCUGACGCGUCUGGUCGUGCGUUGUCAAGUGAAAUUGUGUUAAUCGCCGUCAUGGCCAAAGACGUGGGUGCCUACCUGAAGAAGCAGCAGGAGCAGAGCCCUCCCGAGCUGUCGCAGCAAUGGGCCGAGUUCGAGGAGUUGUACAACAAGCGGCUGUGGCACCAGCUGACCCUCAAGUUGCUGACCUUUGUCCGUUGCCCGCAGAUGCAGCAGGGCAGUGCCCUGUUCCAGAUGUACGAGAACUUCAUUUCAGAAUUUGAGAACAAGAUGAAGCCCCUGUCGCUGGUGGAGAUUGCUGCCCAGGUGUCCCAGAGCAUCCCAGACAUGGAGCAGCGCCUUGGAUUCAUCACCAAGACCAAGGAGAAGGUGAAGGCGGACCCUGAAGCUGUCGUCCUCUGCAAUGUGCUCUAUGGUCAGAACAAGCUGGCCGCCAACGACAUGGCCAGUGUCAAGAAGGUUCUGGAGGAGACGGAGUCCCAGGCCGAGUCCCUUCCGGGUGUGACGGAGGUGCACGGCCGCUUCUACCAGCUGUGCAGUGACUACCACCAGCAGAUGGGCGACCACCAGGCCUACUACCGGGACGCCCUGCGCUUCCUCGGCUGCACAUCGCUUGACCGCAUUCCCAUGGAGGAGCAGCGCCAGCGUGCCUUUGCCUUGUGCCUGGCCGCUCUGCUGGGGGAGGGUGUCUACAACUUUGGUGAACUGUUGGCGCACCCGAUCCUGGAGUGCCUGCAGGGCACCGACCGCCACUGGGUGGUGCAGCUGCUGUCGGCCUUCAACAGUGGAUCCCUGGCGCAGUACGAGGCCCUGAGGCCUGCCUGGUCACUGCAGCCGGACCUUGCGGCCUGUGAGCUGUCCCUGCGCCAGAAGAUGUGCCUGCUGUGCCUGAUGGAGAUGGCCUUCCAGCGGCCGGGCAGCCGCCUCUCCUUCCAGGAGAUCGCUGCCCAGGCUCGCCUGCCCCUCAACGAGGUGGAGGUGCUGGUGAUGAAGGCGCUGUCCCUGGGCCUGGUGCGAGGCACCAUUGACCAGGUGGAUGGACAGGUGCACAUGCAGUGGGUACAGCCACGGGUGCUUUCACGCGAGCAGAUUGCAGGCAUGAAGAAGCGGCUGGAUGCAUGGAAUGCAGAUGUUGCCUCCAUGGAGAAGCUGCUGGAAACCAAGGCGCAUGAGAUCAUCUCCAUCUGAUGUGAUGUGGUGUGAAUAAAAGAUUGCUGUGUUCUGAUUGUA